AUGAAAGUUACAAAAAAAAAUUGUUUCAAUUUAUUAAUAUUAUCAAUAUUAUUACUGUUACCUUUUGCUGAUUCAGUAUAUGCCGUCAAACGGGGAAAGCGAGACACGGAAACAGAAGGAAAAGAAGCAACACCUUCAUGUGAAUCCGAAAAGAUUAACCCCGAAAAUUAUGACAUUAGAUUGCACGUUGGAUCAUUGUUUAUAAUUUUGGUAACAAGUUCUUUUGGUGCCUUCCUUCCUGUUAUCACAAAAAAAAAUCCAAAAUUCAAACUUCCACAAACUAUUUAUUUUGUUUGUAAACAUUUUGGAACUGGAGUAAUUCUUGCAACUUCGUUCAUUCAUAUGAUUCCUUCAUCAUUUGAAAGUUUAACAAAUGAAUGUCUCGGAGAAGUAUGGACAGAAUAUUCAGCUUGGGCAGGUGCAAUCGCUAUGAUGGCAGCAUUAUUUGUAUUCUUUAUUGAAUAUAUGUCCAUAAAUAAACAACAAACUUUAGGUGUAUUUAUUCUUGAGGUAGGUUUAGGUCUUGGAUCACGUAUAGCAGAAACGAGUUUUUCCGAAAAAAGUAUAAAACCUUGGUUAAUGGCAUUAGUUUAUGGUACAACUACACCGAUUGGAAUUGCUAUUGGUAUUAUAGCUCACGAAUCUUAUGAUCCUGGAACAGCUACAGCUAUUAUUGUUCAAGGAGUACUUGAUUCUGUUUCUGCUGGAAUAUUAUUAUAUGUUGCAUUAGUUGAAUUAAUUGCCCAUGAUUUUAUUUUUGAUCCUAAUUUUCGAAAGAAAUCAAAUUUAACACAAACACUAGGUUUUGUUUGUCUUACAUUAGGAGCCGGUGCUAUGGCGGUGAUUGGUCGUUGGGCGUGA